GGGCGGAGCCGAUGUGCCGAGGGCACGGGGUGGGGGUGGCGAGGCCUGGCCUAGUCUGCGGUGCGGCCUCGGCCUGUGCCUGCUGCGCUUCCCGGAUUUUGGGCAGAGAGACAACUGCACGACAUGGAGCGCGCCAGCCGCCCCGGUGGCAGAUGGCCUUGGACGUUCCAAAGAAAUACCUUUUGAAAGAGUAACCAUCGGAAUGCGGGGAGCACGAUGUGAUCUCAGUGCCACUCAGUGACAUUUCAGAAUCUUGGGUAAGACAGCAUCUGUGGAGAAAUUCAGCUGUGGACCCUUCAUUGAAACUGAUCUAACCAAAGGUCCAUACCAGACUCUUCAGCACAAGUGAAUGAACCCAUGAAUUGCGAUUCCUCUGGAGCAGCCAUGAAUGCACCUUCUCUUCACCCUCAGAUGAUGGGGUCGGGGGCCAGCCCCUCAAUCAGCUCCCCGGGUCAGCUUCAUUCACCCAUUAGCACUUUGAACUCUCCAAUGAAUGGACUGGGCUCUCCCUUCUCAGUUAUCAGCUCGCCAUUGGGUCCACACACACUAUCCAUCCAGUCAUCUCACAGCAUGGGUUAUGGAGGCCACAGUCCGCAGGUAAACUCACCUAUGAAUUCAGUAAGCAGCACAGAGGAUGUGAAGCCACCUUUAGGAAUCAAUGGCGUGCUUAAGGUGCCAUCUCACUCCUCAAAUUGUCCGGUUUCGCUGACUAAACACAUCUGUGCCAUUUGUGGGGACAGGUCUUCAGGUAAACAUUAUGGCGUUUACAGUUGUGAAGGUUGCAAAGGAUUCUUCAAACGCACGGUGCGCAAAGACCUUACCUACAAUUGCCGUGAUAACAAGGACUGUAUAAUUGACAAGCGUCAGCGUAACCGGUGCCAGUACUGCCGCUACCAGAAGUGUCUUGCCAUGGGGAUGAAGCGGGAAGGUAUGGGCGCAGACUUCAGAGCUGUACAAGAGGAGAGACAGCGGGGUAAGGACAGGAAUGAGAAUGAGGUGGAAUCAACGAGCAGUGCCAACGAGGACAUGCCAGUCGAGAAGAUAGUGGAGGCAGAGCUGGCUGUAGAGCCCAAGACUGAGACUUACAUCGAUUCCAGCCUCGGAAUGGGCAGCAGCUCACCAAAUGACCCAGUUACCAACAUCUGUCAAGCAGCAGACAAGCAGCUCUUCACGCUGGUCGAGUGGGCCAAGCGGAUUCCACACUUCUCAGAGCUCCCACUGGACGACCAGGUUAUUCUUCUGAGGGCAGGCUGGAAUGAGUUGCUCAUCGCUUCAUUCUCACAUCGUUCCAUAGCGGUGAAAGAUGGGAUCCUGCUGGCGACUGGCCUGCACGUUCAUCGGAAUAGUGCACACAGUGCAGGAGUGGGAGCCAUCUUUGACAGAGUUCUAACAGAGCUCGUCUCUAAAAUGCGUGAUAUGCAAAUGGACAAGACAGAGCUGGGCUGUCUGCGAGCUAUUGUGCUCUUCAAUCCAGAUGCCAAAGGCCUGUCCAAUCCUGGGGAGGUGGAGGCCCUCCGUGAGAAGGUGUAUGCAUCCCUGGAAGGAUACUGCAAACAGAAAUACCCAGAGCAGCCUGGCAGGUUUGCCAAGCUCCUGCUGCGGUUACCAGCUCUGCGUUCUAUUGGACUGAAAUGCCUGGAGCACCUUUUCUUCUUCAAGCUGAUUGGCGACACACCCAUUGACACUUUUCUCAUGGAGAUGCUGGAAGCUCCUCAUCAGAUGACCUAAGCAGGCUGCGGAUAAAGAGAAAACUGCAGCCCAGAAGCAGAUUUGCCAUUCUUUGUACAGGCUCAGUGCAAAAAUCCUUGGCCUCCCCUCUGCAUUUACAGAUCCUACUCCUGCUCCCUGCAUCCCACCCUCAACUGUAAUUCCUCAUUAAUGAGAUGACAAAGGAAUAAUUUUCUUUUUAUAUGCACUCUGCAUCGAUUUCUGGGUCUGUGACAAGUUGCUUAUCGAGAUGAUUUAUGGUAUCUGCGUGUGCAUGUGUCCGCACGCACCCUGACUCUUCCCGGAGUGCAGCAGAGGCUUCAUUUAACUUGUUCCUGGUUUGCAUCGGCAUGUGAGGCAACCUCAAGGGAUUGGUCUUGUUGACCUCUACAGAGAUUUGACAACACUGGAAGGUGGACUUCAAGGAACCCUGGGUGGCCUCCAUUCCCAACAUGAAGUUCUCUGGUGGAGAUGUGAAGCAAGAUGGAACUGGCCUCCCUCUGAACCUGCCCCUCAUUAGUUUAGUUGCAAGUUCUCCCAUCUGGGCUCUCGCAAGCUGCACACUGAUUGUUUCCCUGUUCUCUGCUUUCUCACUGAGCUGGCUGGAGAGAUGUGGCUAAUGAACAGAGUAUGUUUACACGUUCCAAACCCAUGCAGAACCCAGAGCAGUUCUCAAUUACACAAUUGGUCUGCUGACUGAAUGUUUCAUGGACUACCUUAUAGUCUUUUGGAUUAAUUGGAACAAAACAACCUUGCUCCAUUGCGAACUUGGCUGUGUGGCAGGCUGAUGUUCAGCACAAAAUACCAGGCUUUGAGCCAGUUGUAACAUCAGUGAAAUAGUUGCCUGGGUGCAUGAUUGAGUUACACGGCCUCAUCAGUAUCCUCCUCCUGAGCUGCCAAGAAUGGUUUGGUGCAUUUGGGAUGUCUUGUUGACUCCUCCUACCCAGUUCUGUCUGUGAAUAUUGGGUGGGUUUGGGGCCUGCAUCCUGAAGAUUCUUUGCUGCUAAGGAAAACAUUCAAAUAAUGAGUAAAGAUCAAGCCCUAAGUACAGAGUGACCGGGUAAAAGGAGUUUGGUUUUAAAAAUUAAGGAGCUCAAGUGUUCAGUCUGCACUUAAGCUGAUCAGUGCAAUUCUUCAUGUCCUCUACACUAGUACUAACCCUCCCUCUGCUCCACUUCCACCCACCCUCUGACCCCUUUCAUCUCCCUCUCCCUGCUCUACACUCUCCAGCCCUCCCCUUCCUUGCUCCUUGGAGUCUAGGGGGUCAGAGAAGAGUUUUACCCAUCAGAGAUUCACACAGAUUGACCUUGAUCAGCUCCUGUUUAUUUUUCCUAAACAAGGAUAACUGGAGUUUAAACCUCAUUUAACCAUGUCACUGUCUUCAGCUCCUUAUUCUCCUCAGUUCUGCCCACGUUCCUCGUGGGUUGUGGUAUUCAUUCUUGUACGCGGAUUCUCUCCAGUGCUCUCCUGAUUUGAUCUUUAUUUUCUUUAUUUUACUUCAAAUCUGAAUUUUAACCUGAAAUAUAAAUAUUUUAAGUACAGCAAUUUUGUAAAAAAAAUGUUAAAAAUUGCAUUUUAAACUGUUGCAAGCACAGAAAGUUAUGCAAUAAAUGGAGGCGCUCACACCAGAUCACUCUCGAAACAGCCACUGGGCAGGAGCACAGUGGAAGGGGAGCUCGCCAGGAAUCUCUGUCCUGCAGAAUUUACUCAAGAUGCAAUGUCCUCCUCAGCCCAUCUCCUUCUUUUCCAUGUUUAAUUAUGUUUGCUGUGUAUCACUUUGUUUAAUCUCUUUGUCAAUCAUAUCAAAAUCUGUUACAGUUCUCCCCGUUUCCCAUUGUCUUCCUUAAUCUGUAUUUCCUCUUUUGUCUUUCAGUCCUUGUAUGUAUGUGUGUUGUUCACUGUCGGUCUCUCUUUUUCACUUCUCCGUCUCUAUCCAUGUGCAUUUGCGUUCAUCUCUCUUCACCCUCCACAAUAUGAACCUCUGUUUCACUUAUCCUCUCGGCCCUCUCCCCUCCCUGAUGAUCAGAGCUGUACUGAUGGGUGUGCCCAUUCUUGUGGUCGGUCAAUUUUGAGAUGUGAUGGUGAUCAGUCUGUGUUGACACUACGAACACUUGCUGAAAAACAAAAAAAAAAGAGAAGAAAAAUGUCUACAGAAAUCUAUUUUUGUAUAAAUGAAACUUUAUCCCUUUUGUUAGAUUGAAUUUCACUGAAUUAUUGUAAAUGUUAAUACUUUAAUAGUCUGCAGGGUGAAAGCAAGUGUUCCUGGGACCAUUCGGGACUUUAGCUGAAUUGUUCCCUGUUUAAUUUGACAGAUUUGCUUUAAAUUUCCAAUUAGUGGCAUCCGAAUAUCCAUUGUGUUCCAGUAUUGAGUGAAUGCCACUCUGAGCAUUCUAACACAAUCUAAUUCACUCUGGUUACUGACUGUCUGAUUUCCCAGAAGUUUCUGCUUUGAGCUGCUGGGCUUUUGUUGCUGAGAGGAGAAACCUUGGGGAUUUUUCAGAUUGGUCCCUGGAGGUGUCAGUGUAAACAGUGCAGGUGGUAUCCUGCUCUGAUCCAGAGAGACAGCAGUUUAUGGGGCAGGGUCUCUCAGGCCCUUACACAGAUCAGGGCACCCUGUGAUUGCAACCAUUUCAAUUUAAAUUUGUUUCUGUGUUAAAUGUAAUAAACUGUUCCCUGUACCCUA